AUGGAGCCAAGAAACCACUCAAGGCUUCCAGUCUUUCUCCUCCUGGGACUUUCUGAGAAGCCAGAGAUCCAGUUUGGUCUCCUGGGGCUGUUUCUGUCUUUGUACCUGGUCACUGUCUCAGGGAACCUGCUCAUCAUCUUGGCCAUCAUCUCAGACGCCCAUCUCCACACACCCAUGUACUUCUUCCUCUCCAACCUGUCCUUUUCUGACAUCUGCUUCACCUCCACUACCAUCCCAAAGAUGCUGUGGAACAUCCAGACUCGGAGCAGAGUGAUCACCUACGCAGGUUGCAUCAGCCAGAUGUAUUUUUUCACAGUUUUUGGGCUUUUGGACAACUUACUCCUGACUGCCAUGGCCUAUGACCGCUUUGUGGCUGUCUGUCAUCCCCUGCACUACACGGCCGUCAUGAACCCCCGGCUCUGCGCCCAGUUACUCGCCCUGACCUGGCUCAUCAGUGUUCUGGGGGCCCUCCCUGAGAGUUUAACCAUGCUGCGGCUCUCUUUCUGCGCAUUGAUUGAAAUCCCGCACUAUUUCUGUGAACUCCCCGAGGUCCUGCAACUCGCCUGCUCCGACACCUUCAUCAAUAAUGUCAUGUUAUAUAUUGUGACCGGCACGAUGGGUUUUCUCCCCCUUGCUGGGAUCCUUUUCUCUUAUUCCCGAAUUGUCUCUUCUGUGCUGAGGAUCUCUGCAGCGGGAGGAAAGUAUAAAGCAUUCUCCACCUGUGGGUCUCACCUCUCAGUGGUGUCCUUGUUCUAUGGCACCUGCCUGGGGGUCUACCUCAGCUCCACCUGGACACAGACAGGGAUGUUCGCCUCCGUCCUGUACACCGUGGUCACACCCAUGAUGAACCCCUUCAUCUACAGCCUGAGGAACAGGGACAUGAAGCGAGCCCUGAGAAAGCUUCUCUGUGGCAUGUUGUCCUCCCAGUGA